UCAAUACCUGGUAAAUUUGCUCACUUUUGUAAUUUUCACCUUAUUUGAAGAUACAGAAUCGACCCCCAGAAGGUGUAAAUCGACACGUCAACACAAAGAACAGAUGAAUUCGCGUUCGAUUAUCCAAGAUGGCGCAUUUCUCGUCGAUUUAUUGCAGUUUGCUAAUUUGUUAUUGCCGAUAAUGGCAGUAAUUCGCGCAUAGGUUGCGAAUUGGAAGUUUGGAACUUGGAAAUCGAGUAGCAGUCAAUAGCAGUGAUAAGUGUGGUACGCGGUUCAGGAUGGGCUUCCAAGACGUUAUGUAUACGGCAGUCACUAUGCCGUUUAAUGUUAUUCACAAAACGAGUGCGGGGGCUGCCUCGUAUGCUUGGGAUGCGGCUACGUCGGCGACAAAGUAUUUAGGCGGAAAGCAGAAAAUUGAGGUGAGAAUGGCAGCACCAGUACCUUUAUGGAAAUUAGCUGCUGCCAGCGGUCCGUAUGUGAGGCUUGCAGCUCUCAGCGGUGCAACAGCUGUGAUACUUGGCGCCCUUGGAUCGCACCGACAUUAUUCUAAAGAUGAGAUAGGACAGGAACAACGUCGAAUCUUCGAAACAGCAAAUCGAUAUCAUUUUAUACACACUUUGGCCUUGCUGGGAUUACCGUUAUGCAAGUUCCCAGCCUUGGCUGCGACUUUCAUGCUCUCUGGAAUUAUACUAUUCUGCGGAAGUUGUUAUUAUACUGCAUUUACCAAUAACAGACGAUUCAGUUCAACAACUCCAAUUGGGGGAUUUUGUUUUAUACUGGCAUGGUGCAGUAUGUUCUUGUAAAUAUCGCUGUAAAAUUAGGUGUUUUCAUAUAAGGAAGCAAAUAAGGCAUAAGCAAUGCAAUGCGCAGUAUAAAAAAAAAUAAAUAAAAAUAAUACUUGGUAACAUUAAGAAAUGGAUGAUUAAAAGUUAUAGAAAAAGAUUUAAAAAAAAAUAAACCAACUUUUUAACAUGAAUAUUAAUGUACUCGCAAUUAUUGAUUGAUUUUAUUUCCAGAAGAUAAUAGAGAUAAAAGUAAAUAAAAAAUAUUAUUUUACGGUUAUUCGA